AGGCAGGGUCCCCGCGGGGUGGGCAGAGGAGGCUGGGAGCCGGGGUGCACCCCGAGGCAGGAUCUUGAGGGAGGCGCCCAGGCGGGCUUCUGGCGGCGAGCAGAGGUGCCGGCUCCCCACGAACCAGAUGCUGAUCUAUUACUGGAAAACAGGAAUUAGCUUGUCUGUUUGAGGAUGUGGUUGGCUCUUUAUAAAAAGGAUAUAGAAGAAAUUUGCACAUAGACUGCCAGCUUCAUUAUGCUGCCAACAGCUUCCAGCAAAAGAAGAACGUUUGCAGCCAGAUGUUUCGCCCGCUCCAAAAGCCUGGUGAUUGGGGAGCAGAACCAGAGCCCGGGGCGGUCGCCUGGACCCCGCAGGCUGGGCCCCGUGCUGAAGGCGGGCUGGCUGAAGAAGAGGAGCAUCAUGAAGAACUGGAAGCCGCGGUGGUUCGUGCUCCGUGGGGACCAGCUCUUGUACUACAAGGAUAAAGAGGAGACCAAACCCCAGGGAUUUAUCUCACUACAAGGGACCCAGGUGACCGAACUUCUUCCUAACCCUGAGGUCCCGGGGAAGCACCUCUUUGAGAUCUGCCCAGGUGGUGCUGGGGUGCGGGAGAAGAUGCCGGCCAACCACGAGGCCUUCCUGCUCAUGGCCAGCUCCCAGAGUGACAUGGAGGACUGGGUGCGGGCCAUCCGCCGGGUCAUCUGGGCCCCACUGGGCAGAGGGAUCUUUGGGCAGCACCUGGAGGACACAGUCCACCAUGAGCGGAAGUACGGCCCCCGCCAGGCACCGCUGCUGGUGGAGCAAUGCGUGGACUUCCUCCGGGAGCACGGGCUCACUGAGGAAGGCCUCUUCCGCAUGCCGGGCCAGGCCAACCUGGUGAGGGACCUGCAGGACUCCUUUGACUGCGGGGAGAAGCCGCUGUUUGACAGCACGACCGACGUGCACACAGUGGCCUCCCUGCUGAAGCUCUACCUGCGGGAGCUGCCCGAGCCAGUGGUCCCCUUCGCCAGGUAUGAGGACUUCCUCAGCUGCGCCCAGCUGCUCACCAAGGACGAGGGGGAGGGGACUCUGGAGCUGGCCAAACAGGUGAAUGACCUUCCUCCCGCGAACUAUAACUUGCUCAGAUACAUCUGCAAAUUUUUGGACGAGGUCCAGUCUCACUCUGACGUCAACAAGAUGAGCGUCCAGAACCUGGCAACUGUGUUCGGACCCAACAUCCUUCGGCCCCAGGUGGAAGACCCGGUGACCCUCAUGGAAGGCACUUCCCUGGUCCAGCACCUGAUGACCGUCCUGAUCCGAAGGCACAGUCAGCUCUUCACAGCGACAGCCACGGUGGGGCUGGCCUCCCCACAGGGGGGCCCCCAGCGCACAGUGGGCUGGGGCUCUGAGGAGGUCACGAGGGAUAGCCCGGGGGAUCCCGGCAGCCCCAGUGCCCCUGGCCUGCCCUCGCAGAGAACCUCAUCUCUGGAUGGGGCCACUGUGGCGGCUCUUGCAAGGGCCUCCCCCUCAGGCCCGGCUGCCACCAGUUUUGGGAAGAGAGUGCAGACUCUGCCAAACUGGAGGUGUUCCUUCCGGCAGUCGGGGCCCCGGCCAGCCAGCCCAAAGGGAAGUGGCUCGGCCCUGGAGAUGCCUGCUGUCUCCUGCAGUGGGAACUGGCUCACGAACGGCCUGUCCUCCCUGCGCAGCCACCGCCGGGCCUCCUUGGGGGACCGGCUCCGGGACUCUGGCUCCUCCCAGAGGCUGUCCACCUACGACAACGUGCCACCGCCUGGCCUCCUGCCCAGCUCCCCCAGCACGGCCAGCGCAGCUUGGUCCGGGGUGUCCUCAUGCGAGGCCUCAGCCAGGGGCUCAGUUAGCAGCUGCACGGCUUGCCGGGCCAGUGACUCAUCUGCCCGCAGCUCCCUGCACACCGAGUGGGCCCUGGAACCCUCCCCGCUUCCCAGCAGCAGUGAGGAGCAGAGAUCCUCGGAGCUAGGCCACAGCCUGGACGAGGCAGGCGCGGGACUCAGCAGAAGCGGCCCCAGCAGCCCCAGCCAGGACCUCACCUGCCGCCCCGAGUCCCUCCAGGGCCUGAUCACAGAGCUCAGAGCAGAGCUGUGCCGGCAAAGGACUGAAUAUGAGACAAGCAUGAGAAGAAUUGAAGAAGGUAGUGCUGACCUGAGGAAGCGCAUGUCACAAUUAGAAGAAGAACUGGACCAGGAGAGGAAAAAGUACAUGAUGCUGGAAAUAAAGCUGAGGAACUCGGAGCGGGCACGGGAGGACGCCGAGAAGAGAAACCAGCUCCUGCAGAAGGAGAUGGAGGAGUUCUUUUCAACCCUGGGGAGCUUGACUGUUGGGGACAAAGGUGCCCGAGCCCCACAGUAA